AUGAGAGGACUUGCUCCGCCGCCGGAAUCAGCAGAGCUGGUCCGGGAGAUCCUGCUGAAGCUGCCCACCAGGGACGUGGCCCGUUGCCGCUGCGUCUGCAGGCUAUGGCGCGGCGUCGUCGCCGAGCCCAGUUUCAGCAGCCUCCACGCCGAGGCCGCGGCCAACAACAUCUCCGUGGCGUCCGAGCCCUUGCUCGUCACUGUGACCGGAGUGCCAGGAAGGCCCGACGAGGCCAGCUUCUCCAUCGUCUCCUCGUUGAGGCCCGCUCCCAUGCCGCACCGCAUCGCCAUCCCCGGCGGCUACAGCCUCUCCAACGUCUGCAGCGGCCUCCUCUGCUUUGCGUUCGACCGCACCCAGGCGCUGGCGUACAUCUGCAACCGCGCCGGGGCGCCCGUGUUCAUCUGCAACCCCGUCACCGGCGAGACGGCAACGGUCCCACGCCUGUGCAGUGGAGGGUGA